AUGUUCUCCAUAAAGGGGAAGAGACAGCGUGUGAAAGUAUCACACACACCCAGCAUGAUUAACCAGAAGGAGGACUUGUACGUGGACAUUCCCAAUAUGGGCAUGAACAAUGUCAUUUGCCCCGGCUUUCUCAAACUCCUCUUUGAUCUUGAAAUCACGGGGACCAACACGAAUCGCACGAUCGUUAAUAACAUUGGUAAGACCCUGGUGCGAGACCUUCGCAUCACUCUAAAUAGCAGAGAGGUGCAGAACAUUAGCGACUACAGCACCUUUGCGGUGUACAGGGACCUUUGGCUGCCUAGAUUUGAGCGCGAAAACGAAUUGACACUCGAAGGUAUUGGUGUGCCAGAUGGUGCAACCAGACAACUCCAAGUGAAAUCUACAUUCAAACCCGGAGAUGGUGAAGAGAAGGCCAUCGCGAAGGCGUACGGCAACACUUUUUGCAUCCCGCUCGGCAAAAUGUUCGAGCUGACGAGAGACUUGCCCUUCUAUCAAGCGGGCCUGCACGACAGACUACAGUUUGUGCUACACUUUGCGCCAUAUAGAGCCGUCAUCAAAGAUGAAGGCACACCUCGGUCGGGGUCUGGAUCCAGUGCGGUAGAAAAUAAACCUGCGGAUGCAACUUACAAAAUUACCAAUAUUACGCUCGAGUUUGACAAGGUAUACCACGAAGGCCUGGCUAGUACUAUGGUGUCAAGGCAUUCAAGGCUAGCGCUGCCGUAUGAGCGGGUGCUCCGCAGCAAAGUUGUGAAAAUGCAAAAGGCGAAUACUAGUUACACCGUGGAAGGUGAACCGAACGAACUAUACAGUUACACCAUGCUACCCAAGGACCAUUUCAAGCAAGUUGCGGGGUGUUUGGAAGUGCGCACUCUACAGUAACCAUAGGCCAGUUCCACACGAGUAGAUACGCACUCUUCAUGGACUUUAGAGUCUCCAACGAUAAUAAGCUGCACGGUUCGGGUAGGCCCUUGCAAAGACUUUGCGAUGGGAUCACUUUGCACAUGACCAAGGAGGCCGACCGAACCGGUGAUAUUACAUGUUAUGUAUACUUGCUCCAAGACGCGCAGUUAAACAUUUUGGAUGGUAGGCUAGAAGAUGUGAUGUAUUAGAAGAACACAAUUUUGUAUUUACCAUGUUGGAUAAAUACAAAAAAAUAUGGAAAGCAAGAGCUGUCAAAAGUGUAAAAGGAGUCUUUUAUUGGAUGCACCCAAGGUGAUGAAAAAUGGUAAACAAACAAAACGGUGCAUCAAAUGUCUAGAUGCUGCAAAGACGUCACGCGAUCGUGCAAAGUGCCCUCAUAAAAGACAGAGGUCCCAUUGUAAGGAAUGCAAGGGCAGCCAAAUCUGCCCUCAUGAAAAAAGGAAAUACAGGCGCGGUGGGUGUAAGAAGGCCAAACAAUAAAUGGCAACAAUCGGUGUUCUUGUUAAAGAUGCCGCAAUUAACGCAUUGGCAUUCUCCGGAAGUAAUUUUCUAUUCUCCAAACUCUCAGGGCAACGUAAGAGGCGUGACAAAGCGAUCGAACAACUUCAAGCAGCUCAAGAACGGUGGGUCCGUGACAGACAGGCCAAAAUCGAUUGGUACAACAAGCAGCGUGAGAUCAAGCGCCAAGCGGGUGAGAGCUUGAAAAAGCUCGAUGAAGGCAUGCAAGAGUACUAUAUCGCGACGAUCGAGAAGGCUCCGCAGUUCUCGGACUAUUACGAACCUUCGCAGCAACAAAAGGACGGCGAACUGACGUUCAUCGUGGGCUCUCUGGCUAUACUAGGUUUCGUGGUGUACAUGUUCGCUUAGAGACUCCAUAAGAGUUAUAUGUAAGAACGCCUUUGACAUGUAAUAAAGAUGUCAAAAACGAACGUUGUUACCAAGGAAGAAGCCGAAAGGUAGACCAAAUCUACUAUACCCCGGAACAUCUCUUGACUGGACUCAAAGCUAUCAAAUUGCUCUCCGAGCAGAGUAGUCUCUCCAAAAAGAGAGUUACUCAUUGGCUGACUCGUCAACUUGCUUGGCUACGACAUAUUCGAGGCCCUAUACGUAUCGACUACCCGCACUUCACCAUUACGAAACCCAAUGAGAUGCAUCAGUUUGACUUGCUCUACAUGUCGCAUGACAAACUCUAUGGAAGCACCUACAAAUACAUUUUGACGGGCGUCGAUGUAGCUUCUCGCUACAAAGUGGCGAGACCCUUGAGAACCAAGAAAGCCAGCGAAGUCGCUGACAUGAUCAAGGACAUUUGCAAAGCGGGACCUCUUCGCUAUCCGAAGACAUUCCAGUGCGACAACGGUAGCGAGUUCAAGUCAGAUGUGACGAAGCUGCUAGAAGGCAAAGGCGUCGAAUUAAAGCGAGCGACUACGAAGUACCACCAUACUUUCACGGCUUUUGUCGAGUCGUACAACAAGGUGCUCGCGCAGAGACUGUUAAAACCUCAAGAUGCUCAAGAGGUGGUCACUGAUGAACAAAGUAGCACCUGGGUUAAGCAAUUGUACACUAUCGUGAAAAGUUUGAACAAUAGUAAAACGGCUAUGAUCGACAUGAAACCUUCGAAAGCAAUCAAGCUGGAUGAAGUACCGCUUAUAAAAAAUGAGCAGCGUCCGGAUGAAAAGUCUCUACCCGAUGAUGGCUUAUACUUGUACUUGCUACAACCUGGAGAAGAACACGUGAUGCUAAAAGACGUGCGACAGACGCUUGGUGAAGCAAGAAAACGUAUAGACUGGACCGUAUCGUCACAGGUACGAGGUUGUUAUACUAUCUCGAUGGUGGGCCCGAUCGAAGCUUCGGGGCUGAGGAAUUGAUGCUAGUUCACAAAGGUGCUGAAGUACCUCCGGACCAUGUAAAAGAAUGGUAAUUUGUAGGUUUGUUAAGGUGAACCACUGGUUCACCUUAAUAUUGCACCCCGACCUCUGUGUAUCAUAGCCCUCGAUAUAUUACGCGAGCCACUAUGAUGAUGGAACCUACAGUGGCAAGCCUCCUGAUCCAGUUUGCCUGGUUUCGAAUUUGGCGCAUUUCCCCCCGUAUGUUGGUCAGCAACCAUUCCGUUUCGGUGCAUUCCGAGCUCAACCUCGAUUCCAGGGCCUGUAGCGUUUUUUGAUAUGAGGAUGAAACGCGUACGAGGCCCUGGUACAACAGACUUAAAAUUCGCCCAAUAUUAAGCAUGCAGAGAAAAGUAAUGUAUGCGUGACGUUUCACUCAGUUAUCCGCGUCCAAGGUAGCUGAAGAGAUAGCUGAUGAAGAACAAGAAAACAAUGGGGGACAAUCUAUCAAAGAUACGAUUGGAUAAUUAUGAAAUUUAUGAACGAUCGAGAAAUUUGGUCCACAACUUAUACAGAAUGUCACCCAUAGGCUAUUCGGAUUGGUGCAGCAUGACGGGGGACUGUGGUAUACACGAUCGCGAAAUAUUGACACCAGUGGCCGAUAGAUUCCCAUCACACGCGUGCAUUCUAGAGACAAGGGGCUUUAUGAACGAGAACGUGUAUAAAGGUCGAUAUUAUAUCCGGGUUAUUUUUGUAGGUUUUCAACCUACAAGAAAUGAGCGAAAAACAAGCACAAGAAGUGAGGGUAAUUACAAAGCCAGUAAAACACCCGGGAAGAGUAGCACAGGGCCACAAGUUGGCUGAAAUCAUGAAGAACAGGAACCAAGAAAAGAAGGCGGCCAAAGCAAGUACUGGUACCAGUCGCGUACAGUCAGGUGCCCUUGUCGGUGGGGGCCUCCUUGCCCUGCUCGCAGGGUGUCUUGGUGUAUUCUACAUCUUCCGUAAAAAGUCGGUCCAGCAGACGGCUGAAAACAUUGGAGCCACAGGCAGCCAAGCCAGAACCAAAGCCUGAUAUUGACAUUUUUCGAAUGCACUAAGCCAUAAUAUAAAUGAGUUCAAACGUGACGCCUCAGCAAAAGAAGAUCAUCGAUAUGAUAUACGAGUCGGUAGUGGACCUUGGGUUCACGUUCGUAUAUGCCAUGGCAAGUAAAAAGCUCCUCGGGAUUUCGAGCCCCAGUACCAAGAUGGAUACGGCAAUAUUUACAGGCCCCACAAGCUGUGGAAAGACAAUUUAUGUGUGGCGCUCAAUGUUGAGGAUGAUAAGCAAAAACUGGCUAUGUUAUUGAAUUACGUUGGGGAAGAAGUAUACGAUAUUUACGAUAGUUUAUUAGUUCCUGGCACCGAUGAAACACUAGAUAACGCAUUUGAAUUAUUUGACACACAUUUCAACCCGAAAACGAACGUAAGCUAUGAAAUUUAUAUAUAUAUAGAUCAAUGAUUUAGCGUGAAGAAGAAACCGUCCAACAAUAUUUUAUCAGACUGAAGCAACAAGCCCAAAAAUGUGAAUUUGGAGCAGCACUUGAUACCGAGCUAAAACGUCAACUCGAACUCUCAACGACAAGUAACAAACUGAGAAGAUACUCAUUCAGAAAUCCUUCCUUAACUCUAGCACAGUUCCUAGUUUACGCAAAAACAUUAGAAGACACAAACACCCAAGCUAUUUUAGUGGAAAAAAGCGACCAAAAGGAUAUUACACAAAUCAAACAGGAAGAACUCAACCGCAUCGACUGAUCAAAGGAAACCACACCGGGUAAGAAAAACUUUAAUCUGCAUAGACAAUCUUCAAAAAUAUGCUUUUACUGCGGUGGCGAAUAUCCACACCAAAAUAAAUGCCCAGCAACUAAUAAAACCUGUAAUAAUUGCUACAAAAUCGGACAUUUUGCGAGAGUGUGUCGCUCCACAAGCGCAAGCUCGUACCGCAGCUAUUCUAGACGCAACCCCAGGCCACUAAACAACGUCGAUGUCGAUACGUCCGACGAAGAGCAAGUCGCGCGGUUGUUUUCAAUCCACUCUCCUGUUUUCAGCAUUGCCAAGUUCCAUUGCCGUGUAAAAAUCGAAAAAUUUCCUGUCAGUGUUCUGAUUGAUUCCAGGUCUGCAAUAAAUGUUUUAAACAUGACUACUUUUAACACUAUUAAUAGACAGUUUAACGAAAAGUUGAGAUUGAGAAAAACAGAUACGAAAAUUAUCACAUACGGGGCGGAAGAACCAUUAAUAUCGCUGAAAGGGGUUGUCACGAUGUUAGUGGAAUCAGGUCGGAAAUUUCUAACAACAGAAUUUUAUGUUGUUGACACUCAUCACAGAAAUUUAUUAUCAGGCGAAAGUGCGCUCAGUUUGCAGUUAAUCCAGUUGCCACCCGUUGCAAACAUCAAAGAAAUUCAGCACAUUUCAAAAGAUCAAAAGCCACCUGAGAAUGUACCGAAGCGCCUCCAAUCUCUAUUACAGCAGUAUCAGGACACGCUAUUCAGCGGCAAAAUAAGCCAACUCUACGAUGAACCCGAAGGGUCAAGAUUUCCAAGAAUUUUUUCAACUUUUCCGAUAUUUUUUCAACUUUUCCGAUAUCUUUUUCAACUUUUCUGAUAUAUUUUCAACUUUUCCGAAAUUCUUUCAACUUUUUCGAAAAUUUUUCCAACUUUUGCGAAAUUUUUUUUCAACUUUUCCGAUAUUUUUUUCAACUUUUCCGAUAUAUUCUUAACUUUUCUGGAAAUCUUUCAACUUCUUUGACUUUUUUAUCUCUGCCAAUUUUUUAUUUUUUCCGUGUUUCUGUAUUCUGGAUACCGUUUUGUACCUUUCCGGAUUAUCCGGGCUAUCAAUCUGUAAACAAGAUAGAGGACGUUGUAAAGCGUGCAGUAGAAGAGAAAAAGACAAAAAUGGAGGACAAGGAACAGAAAGCAAAAGACAAAAUAAACGAAAUUCUCAUGAAACAAGACUUAGUGGACUACUAAGCCAAAUUAGGAGUAAAUCUAACUCUGUGUCAACAAAAGAGAACUUAAAACGAGUGCAAAUAAAGUGGUACAGACGUAAUGAAUUUUCGAGCUCUUACCAACUUAUAAGAGUAAAUCAAGGUGGUGCCUGUAGAUCUCUAGAAAUCGACGAAACCAGCUCAUUUAAAGACAUCAAAUCUAAGUCGACCGUAUUUAUUUUUUGACAAUUGUUUUAAGAAUUCGUUUGGAGAAAACACGUUAGAAUGUACAUUAUCAAUUUGUGAUGCAACAUUGACAGAGUUAGAUGAAGAAUUGAAUGUCUUUGAGAUGUCAGAAAAAAAGGAUUUCAACUUAGUAAAAUCUUCUUUGUGCUAAAAUCAGAAUUAACAAAUUUCAAUGAUGACUUUGUCAGUAAUGAUUUGUCAGGAAAAUGUGAUAAUGAUGGUGACGAUGUAGCACAACAAAAUAAUAAUGAUGUUUCAUCUGAUGCAGCUCUUUCUGUCACAAGAAAGAGAAAAAUAUGUGUUGUAUUACAACACAUAUUUUUCUCUUUCUUGUGACAGAAAGAGCUGCAUCAGAUGAAACAUCAUUAUUAUUUUGUUAUGUGGCUGCACUUACAUAGAUUGCUGCCUUGUUUGUGUACAAAAUACUGGAUUUAACGAAUCAUUGUCUGCAGACCAAAGAAAAAAUCAACAAGAACUACCAAGUAAUAUCACUGACUUGACCACGUAUGAUCUUUUUAAUGGUGAAAUUACUGCUCCACUCACACCGAAAAAAAAAAUGAGGCAAAUACAAAUUCUUGUAAUCUUGAGCAUCCCGCAACUUCGGAGGAGCUAAGAUUAUUACGAGUAGAACACUUUGAACCAAUUACUCCAAAAAUAAAGAAAUAUACCUUCCACAUUCAUCGCACAAAACUUUCAACAGAUUUACUAAAUCAUUAUAUGAAGAACAAGGUAAACAUUGCAGACGAAAUUGACUAUGUGUUUAUUGAUCCCCGUGGAAAGGAAGAAAUUGGAGUUGGAAGCGGCAUUAAGCGAGACGUAUAUACUGCAUUUUGGCAGGAAGUUUCGAACAGUUUGUUAUUAUGUUAGAUACUCUGUUGUUAUUGUAUGUUAUUAUUGAUAGUGAGUUAGGAUAAUACACUUUUCAACUGA